UCAUGUAUCCAGGUCUGAAGUGUAUGAUCCUCGCGGAGGUUCGGCUGUUUGAAGCUCUUGUGUGGAGCACGGUUCUGUCUCUCGCAGUGGUUUCUCCUCCGGCUGUGUGUGAAGCGCACAGUACAGUGGUCUGGAGAGAGAGGGAGGGUCAACAUGGCGUCGGAGCAGGAAAUCCCAAAUGCACCGGUGAAGAAGUCUAUGAGGGAGAAGGCUAUCGAGCGCAGAUCAGUUAAUAAAGAGCACAACAGUAAUUUUAGGGCCGGAUAUAUUCCGAUUGAAGAGGAGAGACUUCACAAAACAGGACUGAGGGGUCGCAAGGGCAUCAUUGCCAUUGGCAUAAUCAUCCUACUUUUUCUGCUUGCGCUCAUCAACCUCAUUAUAACGCUGGUGAUAUGGACAGUGAUACGGAUAGGUCCUGGAGGUUGUGAAAGUAUGGAGUUUCAUGAGAGUGGACUGCUACGCUUCAAACAGAAGGCCGAUAUGGGCGUGGUCCAUCCACUACACAAAAGCACAGUGGGCGGCAGGAAGGACCAGGACCUUGUCAUCACUGGCAACAAUAACCCAGUGGUGUUCCAGCAGGGCAACACCAAGCUGAGCGUAGAGGAAGAUAAGACGUCUAUCGUCAGCGACUUAGGCAUCUCCUUCACUGACCCCCGCACUCAGAAGACUUUCUUUAGCACUGACUUUGACACCCACGAGUUCCACCUGCCCAAAGAGGUCAAGGUUCUCAACGUGAAGAAAGCCUCUACUGAGAGAAUCACCAGCAAUGCAUCAUCUGACCUCACUAUCAAAGGUGAUGGUAAGGCCAUUAUUCGUGGCAACGAGGGAGUUUACAUCAUGGGUAAAACUGUGGAGUUCAGCAUGGGUGGGGACAUUGAGCUAAAAGCAGAAAACAGCAUUAUUCUGAAUGGCUCAGUGAUGUUCAGUCCUUCACGUAUACCGAACUCCUCUUUAGGGGGAGACCUGUACUUCAAUGAAGGGCUGGAGAGGUAUAAACUUUGCAUGUGUGCAGACGGGACGCUAUUCAGAGUGCAGGUCAAAUACCCCAACAUGGGCUGCCAAACAUCCGACAAUCCGUGUGGAACAGCAAAAUAAUGAAAGAGAAAGGAAUACUACUGGAAAACACAUACACUUGCUCAUUAAUGCCUUCAUUUGAAUAUUUAGUGUGAACUGCCAAAAAUACAAAGAUGGUAAUACUUAGUUUUUUAUUUUCCGAAAAACUGGACAAUAAUUAUAAUAUUAGUGUAUACACAUGCAAUACACAAAAAUGCACACUAUCCACCCCUCACACUCCCACCCACUAGGACAGAUUUUUCUACACACCCACUCAGCUUUAUUAGAGUUCUAAGAACACACACACACACAUACACGCAUACUUCUGUGAUGAUAAUGGCUCCCAUAUAACCAUAAAUCCGAAUCAGCACAAACAGUACCGUUUUCUUUUAUGGCCGAGAGCUCUCUGUGCAUUGUCAUUGGCUCACCUCAGUGUUUUACAGCCUUUAAGCUUCCUGCUUUCAGCCUUCACUGCAUGCGCUUUUUAUAUUGUAUUGUAGCAGAGUAAUUGAGUCCAGUGAUUUUCUGAGCAAUAUUAUUACCCUCUUUUACUAUCCCCUCCUGUCAUUAAUAACCAUCAAAUGGGCACAUAAAAAGAGGGGUGUUGUUUGACUGAUACAAGUGUUAAAAUAGUUGGUCUGUUAUAAACCUUCUCCAUUCUUUGGUAUGGAAGACUAGUUCUAAAUGGCCAAUGUGACUUUAGAAAAGGGGAUUUAAAGUGGCAAAUAUUAUUAAACAGCUCAGAUGUCAUUAAGAUUUUUUCAGGGUUGGUUUUUAUAACACAAAUGUUUACUUGGUCAUGAUUUUAGCCUUUUGCUUUUCCUUUUUUUUUUUUUUUUGUAAUAACCUCUAUCUUCACUGAGGCAGGAUCAGCACAGCAACUGGCUUUAAGCUGCAUUUUAUAUAAGUAACACUGUAAGUCUGAUCCUGAAACAGUGGAUAGUGAUGCAUCACCUCUGGAACAUAUUUUCAAGGCUUGUAUUAUAGUACCCAAUCACCUUCUCUUGAGUGCUAUGGACUAAUGAGAAAUUACUAAUGAAACAUUCAGAGGUGUGUACCAGUAUGAUAUCUUUUAAUAAGAUAAAAACAGGAAACUUGUAUGAUAUAUAAUUGAGUUACCGGAGUGUGAUAUUUUGUGCAAUAUAACCUUCUUGGCCUGGUUCAUCUGGGUACAUGUGUGGUAUUUAUUGUUGUUUCUGAACACAGUAUUAUUGUGAUGUCCAAACUAAAAAUCUUAAGAGACUGUCAGAUGUGGCUUUCUUUUCAGCCCUAUUAUGGAUUAGUCUGUUAAUCUGAAACCAUCUGAUCAUCUGUGGUUAUAGAUCUUUUCAACAUUGUCAGAAGGGAAGUCACAAAAAAAAUGCUUUCAUAUUGCAGUGUUUUUGUUAAUAAAUGCAAAUGCGGUUUUGAUUGAAAAAAA